UUUCCAGAGAGGGUCAUUGCCAGAGAGUUGCUGAAUUACUUGGCUAAUCAAGCUGAGCUUGUGAUAAGAAGUGGUGGAGACGAACAGAUGUGAGGGAGUGGAGGAAAGAGAGGACAAAACAGCAUUCUCACCAGCAUUCAAAACCACAGGGAGCAAAGUCCUCUUCUGUCCAGCUGUAAUGCAAGCAGCAUAAUCUGGUGGUGGAAGGAGGUCACCUCUGAAAAUGAAUGGGAUCUUCAGAGGAACAGAAGGACCUCUGGAAUGAACAUGAAAAACACAAGCUCAGACUUUGGCACUUUGGUUUUUCAGGGAGGAUUCAAAACUGAUGAUGCAAUGGAAAGUGUCAAAGGGGCUGGGGUACAUGCUUCUUUCUUUAGAUGGGUUGUGACCCAUUUCCAAGGAAUCGGCUCUGCUAAAUUGCUGUCUUGUGGGAAGAUUCAUGUGCUGCUGCUGGUGAUAGAGCUGUUCAUAAAGAGCUGAUUUUCCUGGAGUCAUUUCACUGCAGAAGAUGUUAUGACCAGCACAUUAAUUGGUAAGUGUCUUCAUUCAUUAACAGAUUUAUUUCUUGGCUCAUCUGUAUGCAAACUGAAGAUGUUUCUGACUUUACUACUCAUUAUCGUUGGGACACAGACUUCUGUAACACAGAAACCUGCCUCUGAGUCUACAGAUGUCGUCCUUUUGAUUGACAGUUCUGAUGUUCUUGGCAGAAGGGCCUUCCCCUUAAUUAAAAAUUUUGUUCACAGAGUGGUUAACAGUCUUCCAAUAGGUCCAAACAACUAUCGUGUUGCCCUUGCACAAUACAGCGAUGACAUUCACAUUGAAUUCCAGCUGAAUGGUUUUAGAGGCAAAAACCCAAUGUUGGCCCACAUUAAAAAGAGCUUUUCAUUCAGAGGUGGAUCUUUAAGAACUGGAAAUGCCAUACAAAAAGUACAUGAGGCCUUUUUCAAAACACCUCGGAGAGACAGAAACCAGAUUGUGCUUGUCACAGCUUCAGGACCUUCAGAGGAUGAUGUGGAAGAACCUGCAAAAAUGUUACGUGAUGCUGGGAUAAAAAUGAUAGCUUUAGGGAUUCAAGAUGCACUACAACAUGAGCUGCAAUCGAUGGCUACAAAAUUCUCCUACCAUUUCAGAACUCCACGGGAUCUUCAAGCAUUUUCUCCAAAUAUGUCCAGUGUCAUUGAAUCUGCUAUAGAAAUGGAUAUUGGCACAGCUAUCUUCACAACUCCUUCACCAAUAGUGACAACUCCUUUGCCAAUAGUAACAACUCAUUUGCCAGUAGUAAUAACUCCUUUGCCAACAGUAACACAAAGUGCUCACAAUGUAUCUACCAAAGUGACAGAUUGCCAGAUUGAUUCAGUUGCAGAUGUCGUGUUUGUAGUGGAUGGAAGUGUUGGAAAGGCAAAUGCUGAAUAUAUCAAGCAAUUCUUAGAGAAUACCGUAAACUCUCUUGACGUGACAGAAGAAUGCAUAAGAAUUGGCUUAGUGAAAUACAGCACUGAGACACAAGUAAUAUCUUUUCUGAGUAAGGAAACUGAAAAAAAUGACAUUCUUCAGAGAAUUCAGAGCUUUUUUCCAAGAGCAGGAAAAGCCAAUCUAGGUGUGGCCCUUAAUAUUACCAGGAAACAAGUUUUUACUGAACGGGCUGGAAGCAGAAAGAAUCAAGGAGUGAAACAAAUUGCCGCUAUCAUCACCCACCGACCCUCAGACGACUCUUUAACAGAGUCUGCAGAACAGCUUAUAAAAGCUGACAUAACAGUAUUUGCCAUAGGCAUUGAAGGAGCUAACAUCUCCCAGUUAAGGCGGGUCGUAUCACAUCCACCAGAACGGAAUAUUAUUCAAGUCACUUUUUCUCACCUUCCAAGCGAGUCUGGCACUUUUAAGAAGAAACUUUUCAAUGAAGUACAAAACAUGCUCUAUGCCCAACCUGAAAGACGAGUACAUCUCAAAGCAGGAUGUGUAGACACAGAAAGAGCUGAUAUUUAUUUUCUCAUUGAUGGGUCCACAAGCAUUGGUCCCGAUUCUUUUAAUAAAGACAUGAAGACUUUCCUGAAAGAAGUGAUUAAAAUGUUUACUGUUGGUCCUGAUCAUGUUCGCUUUGGAGUUGUUCAGUAUUCAAACAGUACCAGAACAGAAUUUGAAAUUGACAAACACAUUACAAGCAGCAAUUUAGAAAAAGCAAUCAAUAAUAUCCAGUAUUGGACAGGAGAUACUUAUACUGGAGCUGCUCUGGAAUAUAUGCUGCUAUUGUUUGAAAGAGCAAGAAAGCAGCGGAAUUAUAAAGUGCCUACCUAUCUGAUUGUGCUAACAGACGGAGAAGCACAGGACAAAGUGAAAGAACCUGCUGAUAAAUUAAGGAAAGCAGGAAUUAAUAUUUUUGCAAUUGGUGUGGGAGAGGCUAAUGAGAAAGAGUUGCAUGAGAUUGGAGAGUCAAGGGUCUAUUUUGUGAAUCAAUAUGCCUCACUGAAAUACAUCAAAGACAAUAUUGUUCAAGCUAUAUGCUCUGAAAAAGCUUGUAAGGAAAUGAAAGCUGAUGUUAUGUUCCUGGUGGACAGUUCAGGCAGCAUAGGGGAUGACAACUUUGAGAAAAUGAAGACCUUCAUAAAGGAGGUGGUGAACAGAUAUGACAUUGGACAAGACCAGGUGCGGGUUGGUGUUGUCCAUUUCAGUGACACCAGUAAAGAAGUGUUUGCACUCAACAAGACGACCUCAACAAAAAGUGACAUCAUUCAGGCUGUUGAGGAUAUGUCCCUCAUAGGAAGCACCACAGAAACUGGAGAAGCCUUGAGAUUUGUGUCUCAGUAUUUUGAACCUGCCAAAGGAGCACGGCCUUCUGUCAACAAAAUUCUGGUCCUGAUCACAGAUGGAAUAGCAACCGAUGAAGUAAAAACUCCAGCCACAAAGCUGAGGAACAAAGGCAUCAUAAUCUAUUCAGUCGGAGUGUUUAAUGCCAAUAAAACACAGCUAGAAGAGAUAAGUGGGAAACCCGAAAAUGUGUUUUAUGUUGAAAACUUUGAUAUAUUAAAGAACAUAGAAGACGACAUAAUUUUUGGCACAUGCAGUCCCUAUAAGCCAGAAGACUGCAAAAGGGCAAAUCUUUUAGAUGUUGUUUUUGUAAUAGAUAGUUCUGGCAGUAUAGGGGACUACAAUUAUGCUAUUAUAAAGGACUUUGUGAUUGACAUCAUCAAUAAAUCUGAUGUUGGCGAGGACCGUGUUAAGUUUGGAGCUGUGAAAUAUUCUGCUCAUCCAGAAACUCUGUUCUACCUUGAUGGUAACAAAACAGCGAUCAUUGAUAAGAUUAAAGAUGACACACUUUUGGAUGACACAACUUACACAGCAGAGGCUCUUCGACACUCUGAAGAUUUGUUCACUGAAAGCCAUGGCAGCCGCAAACGCAGAGGUGUCCCUCAACUUCUCAUGGUCAUAACUGAUGGGACCUCCCAUGAUAAAGACCAGCUUGAUGCAGUCUCAACACGAAUCAGGAGCAAUGGAAUUACUAUUUAUGCCAUUGGGAUAAAAGAUGCAAAUCCUCAAGAACUUGAGAUCAUAGCCAAAAACAAAGAUCAUGUAUUUUUUGUGGAUACCUUUGAUGGACUAAAAAAUCUAUCGGUAAUAGAUAAUUAUUGCCCAACAGCAGCAUGUAACAUCCAUGCCGAAAUUGUUUUCUUGCUUGAUGGUUCUACAAGUGUUUCCAAAACAGAUUUUGGGAAUGUGACAGUCUUCUUGACAAAACUGGUUGAUUUGAUUGGUUUUACUGACAACAUAAAAUUUGGAAUGGCCCAAUUUAGUGACAGAUACAACGAAGAAUUGCCUCUGGGUCAUUAUCAAAACAAAUCAGAACUUAAGGAAAAAAUUUUGAAUGUUUCAAUGCAGGUAGGGCAGCAAACAUACAUUGGAAAAGGUCUUAAAGAAGUAAAAGCCUUCUUCAAAUCACCAAAACGCAGAGUGGCUCGAAAUGUGCACCAAAAGUUGCUGGUAAUUUCUGAUGGAAAUUCAAGUGACAACUUUAUUCAAUCAGCGGAAGACCUGAGAAGGGAAGGCGUUGAGAUAUAUGCAGUUGGAGUGGGAAAUAUUCUACGUGCAAAACUUCAACAGAUGACUGUUUCCCCAGAGAGGAUAUACACUGCAGCUAAUUACAAUGAACUGCCCAAUAUUACGAAGCGCAUAACAGAGGGAAUAUGUAUAGAGGAUGAUAAAUCAACAUGUUUUGUGGAUGUGCUUGUGGGAUUUGACAUCUCAUCUCAGAAACCAGGGGAUCACUUAUUCAGUAACCAACAACUUUUGGAAACCUACCUUCCUGGUAUAAUAAAGAAGUUCACAUCUUUAAGUUCUGUGAGUUGCAGUAAAGGAACAACGACACAGUUCAGUGUGGCCAUUCAAAUAGAAAAUACAGAUCAACCUCUCUUGGCAAGCCUUGAAGUUGACAAUCAAAAAAUCAUAGAGAAACUCAGAAAUGUUGUGAUCAACAGCUCAUCUCAUCUCAAUGUCAAGUUUUUGGACAGUCUUUGGAAUUCAUUUAAAGGUCUAUCUGGUAAUAAAAACCGAAGCAAGGUGUUGCUUCUUUUCUCUGAUGGCUUGGAUGAUGACAUAGAAGCACUUGAACAAAAAUCUGAAGAACUAAGAAAGCAAGGACUGAAUGGAAUCAUCACUGUUGCCCUGGAAGGAGCCACCAACUUUCAUCAUCUUCAGUAUAUCGAAUUUGGGAAGGGAUUUGGAUAUAAAGAACAAUUAACUAUUGGCACACACAAUAUCGCUGACCAGCUGUUUGAGUAUGUGGACAAAAUUGCUGAGAGAAAAUGUUGCUGCCUAUUUUGUAAGUGCACGGGCGAAAAAGGCCCUCCUGGACAAUCAGGGAAAAUUGGUCUCAAGGGAUCUGAUGGCCUUGAGGGCAGACAGGGAGAUAUAGGAGAAAAUGGAGAGCCAGGUUCCAGGGGAUUUCCUGGAGUACAGGGAAUGAAAGGAUGUAGGGGAGAUUUUGGGCAUAAGGGCCAGAAGGGCCUGCGAGGACACACAGGGGAAAAGGGAGAACAUGGGACUGAUGGACUUGAUGGAAUUGAUGGAGAAGAGGGAUCAUAUGGACAGUCAGGAUUCAAAGGAGAAAAGGGUGAACAAGGCCAGAUGGGCAACUCGGGACCAAGAGGACCUCCUGGCGAUUCUGGGCAGAAAGGCUUCCAAGGAGAUCCCGGUAAUCCUGGAAUCGAUAAUGGCAUAAAAGGAGAAGUUGGUCUUGUAGGGCUGCAAGGAAGUCAGGGAGAAAGAGGACCCAAAGGUUCACCAGGUGUGGCAGGAUCAAGAGGAAACAAAGGAUCAGACGGAAGAAGAGGACCUCCAGGAGAACCAGGGCAGAAAGGAGUCCCUGGUCCUGAAGGUUUGCAAGGAAAACCUGGAUUUCAAGGUCCACAGGGAACAGUGGGACUUCCUGGUUUAAAAGGAGAGAAAGGACAGCCAGGGAAGGAAGGCUCUCAGGGAAAUUCUGGAGUGGAAGGCCCCAAAGGAAAUAUAGGGAAACCUGGACCCAGAGGAAAUAAAGGAGAGCCUGGAGAUCCUGGAGUGAAAGGAGAAAAUGGCUUUCAUGGUCGACGGGGAAUAAGGGGUGAAGAUGGAGCUGCUGGAUAUGGCAGACAAGGGACUAAAGGAUCAAAGGGAGAAGAAGGUUUUCCAGGUGACAUUGGACGACAGGGUGAACCUGGAAACAUAGGCAUUCCUGGAGAACCUGGUCCAAAAGGAGCCAGAGGAAGAAUGGGUAUCUCUGGACCAAAAGGCGCACCAGGUGAACCAGGAGCAUGGGGUUAUCCAGGACGUCCGGGUCCAAAAGGAUCACAGGGUCUGCCCUCAUUUUCGUCCUGUGAACUCAUUGAGUAUGUGCGGAGACAUAGCCCCUGUUGGAAAGGAAAGCAUCCAUGCCCAGUAUAUCCCACUGAAUUGGUAUUUGCCUUGGAUGCCUCCCAAGAUACCACACCCCAGUUAUUUCGCCAGAUGAAGGAAAUCGUCAUAGAAGUUGUGAACAAUACUGAAAUCAGGGAAAGCAAUUGCCCAGUGGGAGCCCGAGUGGCAGUUGUAUCGUACAACUCUGAGACGAACCACCUCAUUCGUUUCUCAGAUUUCCACAACAAAAAGAAGUUGCUUCUGAAGCUUGCUGGUCUUUCUUAUCAGAGGUCAACAAGCAAACGAGACCUUGGUGGCUCUAUGAGAUAUGUUGCCAGGAAUAUCUUCAAGAGAACUCUCUCGGGUGUUAAUGUGAGAAAAAUUGCCGUGUUUUUCAGCAAUGGCCAAUCUGAAAAUCCUACUUCUAUUGACACAGCCAUUCUAGAGUUCAGUGCAUUAGACAUUCUUCCAGCAGUAAUAGCGUUUAAAAACAACCCAAGGCUCAACCGUGCUUUUAUGAUGGAUGACACAAGAUUGUUUCAAGUUCUUAAUAUUCAACAGGAGAGUGAUUAUAUUCCAGUCCUACAAAGACUUCAGUCUUGUGUAAUUUGCUAUGACAAAUGCAAACCAGAUGAAUCUUGCUUCACUGAGACUCCUCCCCCAUCUGAGGACUACAUGGAUGCUGCUUUCAUUUUGGAAAGCUCAAGGAAAAUAAACUUCGACGAGUUUGACAAACUGAAAGACUUCCUGAGUGGAGCGCUUGACAACUUUAACAUUUCUGUUGAUCCAAAGACCUCCUCGAGAGGCGAUAGGGUGGCUGUGCUGAGCCAUGCCCCAAGGGAAUUCGCACCCCGUAGACAAGGAAGUCCUGUAAAGACUGAGUUUAACUUUGUAACUUAUAGCAGAAAAAGACAAAUGAAGAGGCAUAUUCGAGAUUCUAUCCAGCAGCUGGAUGGAGAAGCUGCGGUUGGCCAUGCCAUACAGUGGACAAUUGAUAAUGUCUUCUCAAAAGCACCCAACCAGAGAAAAUAUAAGGCCAUUUUUAUUCUCUCUGCUGGAGUAACAAGUCAAUGGGACAAAGAAGUGCUGCGUGAUGCAUCUCUGAGAGCCAAGUGCCAAGGCUAUGCCAUUUUUGUGCUCUCAGUUGGCCAUGACUAUGAUGACAUAGAACUCAGGGAACUGGCAAGUUUGCCCCAAGAACAUCACUUGGUACAGCUUGGCAGAAUUCACAAGGCUGAGCUUGGAUAUGCAGCGAAAUUCCUGAAACCAUUUGUACACUUGCUCAAAAGCGGAAUCCACAGCUAUCCACAGACACAGCUUAGGAGAAGAUGUGCAAGUAUCAGCAGCCAGAGACCUCUGUAUGUUCCAGGACAGCAAACACCGCUGAUAGUGCCAAUUGAAACUAGGGUUCAAGAUGAGACAUCAUCUCUACAAGAAUUCCUAGCAAGGGAUUCUGUAUCAGUUGAAAGUCUCAUCAGCAACGCACAGCAACAGGCCAUUGUACUUGAAACAUAGUUAAGCUUUCAGAAUAACAGCUAAGAUGAAGAAGAAUAUUCCUGCAGAGUCUUGUGAAGGAGUACUUUAUUGUCAUUGGGGCUGAUACCUCUGAUCUAAUCUUCAUUAAAAGCUAUGUCCCAGCUCUCAGCUAUACCUGCAGCUACUACAAGAUUCUUGAUUUACAGAUAUAGAGGGAGACAAAUGUGUCAGGGAAGCUAGUGGUUUUGAUGCUAGUGGGAUAAUAAAUACAAUCUGAGUCUAAUUCUAGACCUUAAAGGGAUUGUCCAAGGUGCUGAACUCAAAAUGAAUUCCACAUCAGUAAUACCACCUUCAAACUCUGGAAUAAAUCAAUGACUUGAGUGCCUCUGGUUGAUGUCUUUGGUGUGCUGGAUCUUCACACUGAAAUCAUAAACCCCAUCUACAAGUGGUUAUAUCAAUUCUGGGUAGAAUAUUAAUUUAUGAAGUGAAAAGGAGCCAUGAAUAGACAAAACAAUACAUAGAAACUGCUCUCAGAAUGAAACAAGUCGGGAAAAUGAAAUGAAUAUGUAUCUGAAACAUUUAAAUGUCUUCAUCUUAUUCUAAUAUGAUAUGGAUGGUUCGUUAGACCUUCCAGAAACGGGGGAAGGAUUUCUUAAAUUCCAAACUCUACAAGAAUAAAGUCUAUACUACGAUAUAAGCGUAGUAUUUCAUUGUCACUGGUGGCCAGAUCUCAGUGCUUUCAGGAAAUGUUUAAAAGUGAUUGCAGUGUAUUUUCAUUUUUGAGCCACGUGGUAUGAUCCCAUCCAUAUGAACUCAGACUCAGGUAUCAUUGUGUUCAAUUGAACUUAUCUGGAGAUAAGAGGUAUACGAUUGUACGUUUACAGUAUGAGUGCAUCUGUACUGAACAUCAUGCACAAAGUCCCUUCCCUACAUAAAUCUUUGUGAAUUUUUUUCUUCUAAACUACAGUAUGUGUGCAAAACCAAAUCUAUCUAUGCUGGCAAAAAAAAUCAAUAAAAUGGUGCUGUCUGGAAA